AUGGGCAGGCUCAUCAAGAACCACUGGGGGCGGUUAAUCAUUCUCACUGCGGCAGCUUACCAGGUGGCCAGUGCUGUCGAGGGCUUUAUCUGGCCCAAAGUAUUCUGGGACUUUAUCUCCAGGAACCUCGAUGCCGCCGUCGCCCCAGUACCCGUUCUCCAAAUCCUAAACCUCAUCAUGGGCCUCGUGGGCAUAGCCUGGGAAUGGCCUCUUAAGCCCUUUGCUGGCUCAACACCGCAUCGCAGCAUUGAAAUCCGUCUCAUUAUAUACCCCCUCAGCACCCUCCUUGCGGCGCUUCUUUAUCAAGGCACCGACCCUGCAAUAUAUUACUUGAUUGGCAUCGGCGUUUAUUUCUGGGCCUACAGCGAAGGCGAGAUGCCUCCGUCAGCAGAAAUCCAACCCAAACUCGAGGAAGACAAGCCCGCACUUGAAACAGUGGACGAUGUUCCAGUCAACAAAAUCACCAGCUUCAAUGGCAGGCUGCAGCAAUUCCUACAUAAUGGGACCGCAACGCACGAAGCUCGAAGUGCCUCGAGAACUACUAUAUCGCAGCACCGCAUAAAGAACACCAAGGCCUCAUAUGAACCAAAAAUUACCGAACGCCAAGCAGACCCCAUCAUCUCCAGCCCAAGACGCAAGAGAACGGUCCCACAGACAGCAGCGCCAGCGACCGCAGCCACCCACCCACGCACCACCCGUUCAAAGUCGACGUCAAUGGCCACGCCUCUAUCCCCAAACAAACGCAAGCGCAGCACAGCAACCCCACAAAUAGCACCCACACCCUCAAUAGCCGGUCCUUCAGCCACAGAAUCCCUCCUUCGCGAUACAAUCCCCCCGAACCUGAUCCUCCUACUUGUAGGCGUGAAUCCCGGAAUAAUGACAGGCGUAACGGGGUACGCCUACGCGCACCCGUCAAACCUAUUCUGGAAACUGCUCUAUUCAUCCGGGAUAACAAGCAUGCGCCACAUACCCGCUGACACAUACAAGCUUCCUGCGCUGUACAGCGUGGGCAACACGAACAUUGUGGAGCGGCCGACGCGCGACGCGAGCAUGCUCAGUCGUGCGGAGAUGGAUGCGGGUGUGCCUGUGCUUGAAGCUAAGGUUGCGGCGCAGAGGCCUGAGGUUGUUUGUCUUGUUGGGAAGAGUAUUUGGGAGGCUGUUUGGCGGGUUAGACAUGGGAGGGGGAUUCGGAAGGAGGAGUUUCGGUAUGGCUGGCAGGCGGAGGCGGAGAAUAUGGGUCGUUGUGAUGGUUGGACUGGUGCGCCGGUUUUCGUCGCUACGACGACUAGUGGGCUUGCCGCUGGGAUGAAGCCUGCAGAAAAGGAAGCUGUUUGGGCGGAGCUGGGGAGUUGGGUUGUGAGGAGGAGGGGGGAGAGGGGGUUGGAUUCUGUGGUGGUGAAAGAUGAGAUCUGA